AUGGAAGUUUGUCAAAGGUGCAAGAAGGAAAUUGCAAUCAUCAGAUCCCGUAAGGAAUUCUUCUGCAACAAAUGUUUUACCAAGUUUGUAAGUUUAAAACAAAGAAAGCGUAUGAUGGGUGAUGAGUAUUAUCGCAAUGUAUUCAAAGUUGCAUACAAUAAAGAUGGUACUCAUGAAGUUGGAAAAGUUGUUAUGGGUUUCGAUUUCCAAAGUUCCUGUUUAGUCGCCCUUGAUAUUAUUAUUGAAUUAUUAAGAGAACAAUACCAUCAACAUGGAGGAAGAGUUGGUUUUACAUUAGAUAUUGUAUCUGUCUAUCAAAAUAAUAAAACUUUGAAUCAUUUUAAAGAUGCAUGGGAGUGCAUUUGUUCUUCUGAAAGAUACUCAAAUGAUAGAAUAUUAGACUAUGUAAAAAUACACUUUAUUAAUGCAGACACUUUUUACCAUAAAAAGAAUCUAAUGCAAAUCCUUGUUCAUAAUAUCAAUUUCGAUUCUAUGGCUCUAGACUGGGAUGAAAAAUAUAAUUAUUCCAUUGAAGACUUAUUGAAAGCAUGCCCAAACAGAAAUACUAGAAAUGAUUUUUGGAAUAUUAUAGUCCAACAUACAGUAAAACAAUUUGCUAUGCAAACUAAAUGUUCUGUUUUAAUUUGGGGUAAUUCGAUGACCAAGCUAGCUGAUCAAAUCUUGGGUUUAGUUAUCAAAGGCAGAGGUGCUAAUAUAGCAGCAAGUCUUGAUUCUGAAUCGCUAGAUAAAGCAUACGGAAAUAUAUUUAAGAAUCUAUACCCAAUGAAAGAUAUUCUUUUAUCAGAAAUUGAUGCAUAUAUAAUAUGCCAAAAAAUGGAUUCAUUAUUAGUUGAUUAUACCUUAAGGAAAUCCUUAAUUAUUUCAGAUGAAGACUCUAAGAAGGAGAACGUCAAUACUACAUUAAUUAAAAAUAUGUCUAUUAACGAAUUAGUACGAAAAUACUAUGAGGAUAUGGAGGGUGAAUACUCAAACAUCAUUUCUACUGUUUUAAGAACUGGUGACAAAUUGCAAGCUCCAACUAAAUAUUUGGAAGAAGGAACUAUUCCACAAAUAUGCUUUAUUUGUUCAAAUGCUAUCUAUUCUAAUCCCUCUGUUUGGUUAAAUUCUAUUACUGUUGAUGAGGGUCAUCCUAUUGAAACAGAGGAAGAAAAGGAAUACUAUAAACAAUGGAAGGAAUCUAAAAUGGGUGUUGAAACCGAACAAUAUCUUAAGUUAAGGGACUAUAUAUGGAACAAUGGUGAUGCUGUGCCUUUGUGCUAUGGGUGUACUAUCAAUUUAAAUGGUAUAAAAGGUAAAAAUGUAAUAUGGCCUAGAAAUACUGAUAAAGAAUUACAGGAUGUAUUAAAUGAAUAUCAAAUCAAUGCAGAUGACAAGUGA